UUGAACAUUCCUUGACAUAACCUACAAAGUUUAGCGGUGUUUCUCUAAACUGCUCUAAACUAUCAAUAACAUUUUUUAUAUUAAAUAUAAUAUUACUAACUAAAAUUUAAAAAAAUAGAAAACGAUCAUGGCAGUAGUGAUAGAAACUACAAUAGGAGAUUUCACGAUAGAUCUCUAUACCGAUGAGCGUCCUCAGACUGCACGAAAUUUCCUGAAAUUAUGCAAACUAAAGUAUUACAACUGGAAUCUCUUUCAUUCGGUGCAAACCAAUUUUAUCGCGCAGACUGGAGAUCCUACUGGCACUGGAAAAGGUGGAGAGAGCAUAUGAAUUAUACUUGGCGAGAAGGCACGUUACUAUGAAGCUGAACAGAUGCCAAAAAUUAAACAUAGCAGAAUAGGUUUGUUGUCUAUGGUGAAUUGUGGGAACAAUAUGCUGGGAUCUCAAUUCUUUAUUACACUGGGAUCAGAGCUUCAAUCCUUGGAUAAUGAACAUUGUGUAUUUGGAGAGAUUACAGAGGGAUUGGAAGUUAUUUUGAAAUUUAAUGAAACUAUCUGUGACAGCGAUCAUAGACCUUAUCAAGACAUAAGAAUAUCUCACACGGUCAUUCUGGAAGAUCCUUUUGAUGACCCUAUAGGAUUUAUAAUUCCAGACAGAAGUCCGGAACCUACAAAAGAAGCUUUAAUGAGCGAUAGAAUUGGAGCAGACGAAGCAAUUGACGAUACAGCAGGCAUGACCGCAGAAGAGAUUAUAGAAAUGCAAAGGGACAAGGAAGCAAAAGCAAGAGCCACGAUAUUGGAAAUUGUGGGUGAUAUACCAGACGCGGAAAUUGCACCACCGGAAAAUGUUUUAUUUGUAUGUAAAUUGAAUCCAGUCACGAACGAUGACGAUCUCGAAAUUAUCUUUAGUCGUUUCGGAAAAAUUGUUGGUUGCGAAGUUAUAAGGGAUCAUCAAACGGGAGACUCUCUGCAAUAUGCGUUUAUCGAGUUUGCCGAUCGUAAAAGUUGCGAAGAAGCAUACUUUAAGAUGGACAACGUUUUGAUUGACGACCGAAGGAUACAUGUGGACUUUUCACAGUCAGUUGCGAAGAUGCGUUGGCGAGGCAAGGGAAAGGGUAUUCGAUACUUGGAUGAAGAUGAGAAAUCGAAAAAACAUGAAGAGAGCUUGUCUUCUUCAAAGAAACGCGAUGUGUCGCGCGGAAAAGAUUAUAGUAAUAGCAAAAAUAGAGAAGAAGGAAGAAAAAAGGAAAGCGAAAGAGAUCGCGCUCCUGAAUUUCCUGAAUACAGGAAGCAUGAACGCAAAAAAGAAGAUAAAAGCAAAGAUAGAAAGAAGGAAAACAGAUCGUACGAUGAUUAUUAUGAGAAAAACAAGUAUGACGAACGAAGAGAUAGAAGAAGAAAAGAGGAACGACGGGACAGGACCAGGCACAGUGAUCAGAGAAGAGAUCAAAGCAAAGACAGAUCGGAAAGAAGAAGCAAAAGGGACGAUUAUAGUGAUAGGGAUCGACAUCGCGAUAACGAGAAGAAAAGGCCCUCGGAAGACGAAGACAGGUACAAGAAUAAAUCACACAAGCAUAAGAGAAAACGGUGAAAAAAAGAAAAUAUUAGGUGUAUUCGGUUAAUUCUAAUAAAAAAAUAUUCAAGAUAUUAAAAAAAGAUACGUCUUGUUGUUACAAACGUUGAAGAUAAGUUAGAAAUGAGAGAUAAUUAAGUGUGUGAGCGUGCGUAUCCAAAAUCUAUAUUAUAUCUAAAAUAUUGAUAUUCGAAUAUACGAGUUUACCGAAAAGCUCAAACGGUAUAUAUUUUGAGAAUGAAAAUCAGUUGAACCUCGAGUUAUUCAGACAACUAAAAUAUUGGUAUUAUUAGACAUGCAAAUAGAUUCAUUGAUUAGUUAAUAGAUCGAUUGAAAAACCAUAAAUCUUUUCUUAUUUGUGUAUGCCGGGAAACGAAAAUUCGUACAAUGCAUAGUUUACAAGAAGGACUAUAAUGCAAACCUUUUUACAUCAAGUAAAAUUGCCAGUACAUUCUUUCGAAUAUCAAAAUGUUGAAAAUAACAUUGACGUCAAUCGGCAAUCUUGUUCGAAGCACCGAUUGCGAUAGACGUGUUUUCUUUCGCAGUUUCGAUCGAUAGAAUAGAUUUUCGCAAGGCACUGGAAAUUCUACAAAUUCUACUGCUGCUUACAGUAAAGCUAUCGAAACCACAGACUUCAUUUGAUCAAUAAAAUGUAAAGUCUCAACGGAGUAAAAUCGCGACAUCGCAUAAUAAAUUUGACGAUGAACAAUCGGUUAUCGCGGAGCAAACGACCGUAUCAAAAAUAGAGAGCAGAAACGAUCUGACAGUGCUAUAUUCGAGCCCUGCCAUUCGAUUUAAAAGGAGUUGAAUCUCUCACGAAAUUUACGCUUUCGUGAGACUCGAAAUCUCGCUUUAAUUCGCGCGCGCGCACACAAGAGGAGCGUAAGCGAGCGCUAUACUUGGAAAUAAUAUAUAGGAACGACACUUUACGCGGAUACAUAGAGGUAAUAGCCACGUAGCUCUCACAAGGAUGCUCUUAGCUUCUUUGGUGACGUCGCAUUUGGUAUUCUUGCAUGUGUGGAAGAUACACCGAUCCGCUCUCAUUUCGCGAUAUCGCUUCACUAUGUGUCUCUUGUCGUAACAAUUAAGAGAGGAAAAAAUCGAAAACAAAGUCAA